AUGUAUGCCUCAAUCUUGAGGAGCAGCGGCUUCAUGAUACCCAUCAAGUGCGGCGAGUUCCAGCAUCUGACCGACGAGGAGCUCAGCGCAAUGAAAUCAAUCCCAUUCGGUAUCUAUCGCGCAACGAUCAAUGGUACUCAUGGCGCCUUCAAGCACAACAAGAACGAUUACUACACUCACUAUGACCUCAUCUUUGCCAAGGAGCUAGGAUUGACAUUCAAUCUCAAGACUGGCAGCAAGGCCAAUGCGCUCAUAUACGACAGCAGCUGCAGGAAGUUUGGCUCCGAUCUGUUUGGCAAGUACAUCGAUCAGGUCCUCGGCUGGAUAGAUGCAUGUGAACCCAAAUCUAGAUUAGAGGAGCUCUGCAAGUGUCUCUAUCAACGUCUAUGGGGCGCUCUCUCCAAGCGCAACAAGACCAAGCAGAGCGCCAACAUGGAGUGCGACGCAGAGGUGAUAGAGACCAGCGAUGGACAGAGAACGAUCAAGCACAUUGAUAUCAACCUGGACGAGGACUACUCAAUCGAUCGCAUCACUCCAACGGCCAAUGGUAGCGCGAUGAUCAAAUCAGCAUGCAACACCGACAUGUUCGACACGCCAUUCGCUCGCAUCAUGCCAUUCAUCAUCUCUCGUGGUCGCAAGAUGAUUGGAACGAUAAUAAAGGACGACAUUGACUGCAUCAAGCGCGUGCACACCGAUGGAUUCGUUACGACCAAGCCAUGGGCUAUCAAGACUGGCAAGAAGUCACUCGAUUUCCCAAAGAUAGGCAAAGGGUGCGGUGACCUGCGCUAUGAGGCCCAUAUUUCAAACUCUCCAACUGGCUUGGUCAUGUUCUUGACUCUAAUAUCAUUGGAGUCUGACAAUGAGUCGUUCGAUGAUCCUGACGACAUAGACUCUGAUGACGAGGACAAGGGUCCUUAUGUCUUUCGGUACCUGAACAAGAAGGACCCAGCCAAAGCAUUGAGACAGUUGAAGCGAUUGUAUAACUGUGUAUUGGUUGAUCAUCGAGAAGAACUGGCGAUAUUGCAGAAGGAGAGGAACCAAUACAAGGAUAAACUUAACAAUAUUAUUGUCGAGCUGUUUGCCAUCUACAAGAAAUAUGGCUUGUCACCAACAUUAUAA